AUGAGGCGACUCUUGUGGGUCGUCUUGGUCUUGUUGUUAUCACCCACAAUUUGGACUCAACGAAGUCAAUGGAAUGUUCAGAAUUAUCCCAAUCCCCAAGCUGGACAAUUUAAGGAAUGUCAAAUGAUGUCUUCGGCGAGUAUUUGCGAUCCCGACAAAAUGCUUACUCAAAGUGCAAGGUAUCGUCUCAAUAACGAUCUUGGUCAAUUGGAGGCAAAAACGAGACAGGACAACGCAAAAACCUUUUGUGAAAAGAAAGGCAUUACCGGAGCGAUGGCCAUCGCCGAAAGAGUUCAAGGAGGGAAUUCAUUGGAGAACGUGAAACGGAUGGCGAAUGAUCUGUUGCGCAAGUGGAGAAUGGAUGAACAAUGUAAGAAAUCGAUUCUCAUUCUCGUUUCACUUGAAGACAAGAAUUUCUGGGUAGCUCGUGAUGAUAAAGUGCCCAUUCUCGCAAAGGAUUUCAACAAUCUUUUCACUCAACAGCAACAAAACCUCCGUCAGAAAAACUAUCAAGCAGCAUUGGAGAACAUUUUGAAGGGUACCGAACAACUAGCCAUUUCGAUGCAAGGAACACCGCAAUGGAAGGGAGGACCACCAAGUGGUGGCGGGGGAGGAAUGGGCGGCGGUAGUGGCCAGGGUGGCUUCGGCGGUGGAGGAAGCGGGGGAAAAGGUGGUUUCUCUGGAGGAGGUGGCAGUAGUGGUUUCAAGAUGCCGGCAUUCCUUUCCUCAAAAAUCUUCUGGAUUGUUCUCAUUUGUGUUAUCAUUCCAACCCUUUUUUGCUGUUGUUGUAUUUAUUGUUGUUGUUGUCGAGGACGAGGUGGAGAUGGAAAUGGUGGAAAUGUUGAUCAAGGAGGACAAAAUGGAGGUGGUGGAGGACUGUUUGGCGGCGGCGGUGGCGGUUUUAUAAGAAACUUGGCGAGCUCUGGAAUUGGAGCCAUGAUCGGAAAUUGCAUCUCGAAUCGAAUGAGAGGUGGAGGUGGCGGUGGCGGUGGUGGCGGAGGAGGAGGAGGAGGAGGAGGUGGAUAUCAGGGUGAAGGUGGCGGUGGUGGGAAUUAUCCAAGUUCUCCACCUCAACAAUAUUAUGAUGACAAUCAGGGUGAAGGUGGAAAGGGAUUAUAUCCAUCGAAAGCUGUGAAAGAUGAAGGUGGUGGAGGGUCAUGGGCU